AUGCUGACUUUCCUUGCUGACGCUGAGGCGCCAAUCGUUUUGUUGUCUGCUAAAAAGCACUUUGAGCAGUUGCCUACAAACGACGCUAAGCUCUAUGCCCAUUACCUUUCUAGAGCUUCCCACUAUGGCUCCAGAGCUGUGUUGAGGUCGGUUUCGCCAGAAAGUGAACUGAUCUUUGAUUUGAUUUUGAACUUGCACGUGGCGUUGGGCCUGCCAAAGUCCAAUGAAGAGUACCAGAGCGUGUUGAAGGAGGCUGCUUCUGCUGAAGCUGUGACUCAGUACUUGGAGUACGCUUCUCAGUUCUUGGGUAACUUGGGUAACUAUAAGUCUUUUGGUGAUAGCAAGUUUGUGCCUCGUUUGAGCAAGGACGACUUUACUGCUAUUGUAAAGGCUUCUGGAAAGAACGAGUUGGUCUCUUUGUAUGAUUCCAUCAAGGAGAUCAUCUUUUCCACCGAACCAGCUUUGUUGGGCUGGCCAGAAAAGGGUCAAUUGUCGAACUAUUACCCUGAUAAUGCCGUUGUGAUCAAGCAGGAGGAAGUUGAAGCCGUCAAUGCUGCUUUGGCUGAACGUUCUAUCAUGCCUGAGAACACCAGAGUGGUGAAAAAGUCCGAUAAGGAGUUUGUCGUUCUCGUGGCCAGUGCUUUGAAGGAUAACACAGUUGACUACUACCCCAAGGAAGCCAUUCAGCUUGCUUCUGGUGCUCUGGUGACCAUCCAGUUUGGUGACCAUGCCAAGCAGUUCGAGGAGAUCGCUAAGAACAUCAAGGAAGCUGGAAAGUACGCUGCUAACGAUACACAGAAGAAGAUGAUCGAGAAGUACGCUCAAUCCUUCGAGACUGGCUCAAUGAAGGCCCAUAAGGAAUCCCAGAUCCAUUGGGUCAAGGACUUGGGUCCACAGGUGGAGUCCAACAUUGGUUUCAUCGAGACUUACAGAGACCCAUCCGGUGUUCGUGGUGAAUGGGAAGGUUUGGUCGCCAUGGUUAACCAGGACAGAACCGCCAAGUUCUCUACCUUGGUUGAAAAUGCCUCCACAUUGAUCCCAUACUUGCCUUGGGACAAGUUCUACGAGAAGGAUACCUUCACUCCACCAGACUUCACCUCCUUGGAGGUUUUGACCUUCGCUGGUUCCGGUGUCCCAGCUGGUAUCAACAUUCCUAACUACGAUGACGUCAGAUUGAAUGUUGGUUUCAAGAACGUUUCCUUGGGUAACGUCUUGAGUGCCAACCCUAAGAAGCCAAAGAAGGAGGAGAUUGUCAGCUUUGUUUCUUCCCAUUUGCAAGAGACUUUCCGUAAAUGGAGAGACGAUUCUUUCGAAGUCCAGGUUGGUUUGCACGAGUUGUUGGGCCACGGUACAGGUAAAUUGUUGCAGGAGACUGCUCCAGGUGAGUUCAACUUCGACAAGGCUGCCAACCCUGACUUGGCUACAUACUACGGUCCAAGUGAGACUUGGGGCUCUUUGUUCGGUACCACUGCCGGCUCCUUCGAGGAGUGCCGUGCUGAAUUGGUUGCAUUGUACCUCAUUUUGUCCAAGCCACUUGAGGUCUUGCCAAUCUUUGGCAUUACCGAUGAGAAGGACCAGAAGGAUGUCAAGCUUAUUGCUACGCUUUUGAUGGCUCGUGCCGGUGUCAUUGGACUUGAGUUCUGGGACCCAGAGUCCAAGAAGUGGGGCCAGGCACACAUGCAAGCCCGUUUCGGUAUCUUCAAGUGUUUGCACAAGGCCGGUGUGGUAUCCCUCAAAUACGAAGACAAGGAGAAGUUCGACGACUUGGAGAUUGUCGUGGACGAGUCCAAGUUGGACAACGUUGCCGUUGAGGCUUUGGGCGAGUUCUUGCGCAACUUGCACGUUUUCAAGUGCUCUGCCAAUGUCAAGGAAGGUGUGGCUUACUACAGCGACAUCACUGGCGUGACCGAAGACUACGCCCAGUACAGAGAUGUCGUUCUCGAGAAGAAAUUGCCUCGUAAACAGCUCAUCCAGGCCAACACUUUCGUCAACAGCGACGGUUCCAUCGAAGUACGUGAGUACGACGAAUCCGAAGUCGGCAUGAUCCAGAGUUUCGUCGACAGGGCAGUGAAGUGGUAUUCGACUGAUAAGAGCAAGAGGAACCAGGAAUUGGUAGAAAGUUUGGCGGACAGUCCGUCGGUGAAGCUGCAUCUUGAGAUAGCACAGCUUAGAAAGAAACAGAUUAGAGCUGAGGAAAAGGAACAGUUGCGGAAUACAAAGAUAGAUUUCCGGAAGAACUUGAAAACGAUAGCCAGGAUCUUGAAGUUGGGUCGUCCCGACUUGAAGUUGUUCUUUUAUGCCUUGGGGUUUAUUCUCUUUGCGGUGUUGUAUCCAACAACAUCGGUCAAAUUGGUUGGUGCUGCUAUAGAUGCCUUCAAUUCUGGCGAUAAGGAUGCAGACGGAGAUUUGCUCAUUUGGGGCUACAAGUAUUCGACUGUGUUCCUGGUGAUGGUGCCGUUCAUGUGUGUUAGUGCUGCAUGCUUCUGGGCCCGUAUUUGGGUGUUGAAGGUGCUUGGAGAACGACUUGUGGCAAGACUUAGACUUCGUGUGAUGAAACACUUGUUGCGUCACGAUUCUGCGUUCUUUGAUAACGAUAAGCACAAGGCUGGUGAUCUAAUAUCGAGACUUUCCAGUGAUGCUUAUGUUGUUUCCAGAUCCAUCACCAAUAACCUUCCAGACGGUUUGAAGAACUUACUCUUUGGCUUCAUCAGUUCCUACAUGAUGUUCACCAUCAAUCCGCUUUUGUUUGGAGUCAUGUUGUUGAUCUCGCCACCAAUCACCUUUGGCUCUGUGUGGUAUGGUGAAAAAAUCAGAUCUUUAUCUACUAGACUCCAGAAUGCCACUGCAGGACUCACCAAGGUUAGUGAAGAGACACUUAACUCGGUGAAGUUGAUCCAGGCGUUCACAGGCGAACAGAAGGAGUUAUCCAAAUAUUCAACCCAACUUAGAAACGUGGUCAAUGUCGCCAGAAGAGAGGCAUUGGCUCAAUCAAACUAUGCUGUGUCCAUCUAUUCCUUAUAUCACAGUGGCUACUUGUCAUGUGUUGCAUUGGGUGUUUACUUGAUCAUCAAUGGCCAAAUGACUACUGGUGAUGUUGUGGCUUUCACAAUGUAUUCAGAGUUAUUUAAUCUGGCCCUUUACAGUCUUACAACCACCUACAUGGAACUCAUGAAAGGAUCAGGUGCUGGUAUCAAGCUUUUUGAAUUAAUUGAUCACGAGAACGAAGUGCCUGCGGUGAAGGGUGAUAAACUUCCCGCCCACUUAGACAACAGCAUUGAAUUUAGAGACGUUGUCUUUAGUUACCCAACACGUCCGAAUGAUCUUAUUUUCAACGGCUGCUCAUUCACUGUGCCAGCAUCUUCAAGUACUUGUUUCGUGGCACCUUCAGGCUGCGGUAAAUCCACCGUUGCAACUCUUUUGCUUCGUUCCUACAAUCUCAACAGUGGUGAGAUCCUCAUUGGCGGCAGAAACAUCAACGACUUUCAGAUUAGAGAAUUGAGACGUGAGGUUGUUGGCAUUGUGCAGCAAGAGCCAAUUCUCUUGUCUGGUACAAUUCUUGAGAAUAUCGUCUACGGAUUGACACCUCAUCAGAUCAGUAAAUUGAGCAUGGAUGAUAUUGAAGAAGUAUGCAAACAAGCCAAUUGUCAUGAUUUCAUCCUGGCUUUCCCUGAUGGCUACGACACAAUGAUCGGUUCUCGUGGAGCCUCUCUCUCUGGUGGACAAAAGCAGAGAAUUGCAAUUGCUCGUGCCCUUAUAAAGAGACCAUCAAUUCUUAUACUUGACGAAGCUACGUCUGCUCUAGAUUCCAAGCUGGAGAGUCUUAUCAAUGAGACUCUCAGAGACUUGACUUCGCAAGGUAAGAUGACGAUCAUCUCCAUUGCCCAUAGAUUAUCGACGAUCUCGAAGUCAGAAAACGUGAUUGUUCUUGGCAAACACGGUCAGGUUGUCGAGCUGGGCCGUUUCGUCGAGCUCUUCAGCAAGCCAUCGUCGGAAUUGUCCAAGUUGUUGGAUGAAUCCAGUGUCAAGGAGUUUGAAGACAACAUGACCGAGGACGAGGUUGAAGAACAAGAGAAGCGUGAUCACGAAUGUGAAGAGAUUGAAAAGAGACAGAAGGAAGGAUCAGAAGUGGAUAUCAUCAGGUCGUUGAUCGACGACUUGCCAUACGAGAUCCGAGCCGAGCUCAUCGGACAGUUCUCCAAGGAACUCGAAGACGAGAAGAAAACGAUCUCCACAGAGACAUCGUUGCGUCCUGGUCAGGAAGUGUCGUAA